UAUUCCAGGUAAUUCCUAAAACUAUUCACAAUGAUCUUUCAUUCUUUUAAAUGAUUCAUUUUCUUGGGGGAGAGAUUUUGUGUCUGUGUGUUAUUUCUGUAGAUUUAGCAGAAAUAAAACUCUGAAUGUUAAUUUCAUAAAAUGGUGCAGUAUUAAGUUCGGACUCUAAGCGUCGCUGUUCACUAACCCGGGCAAGAAAGUCAAUGGGAACUCGAAUAACAGCCUCCAGACCAAAGCUGCGCCGGAAUUCUGACCUGAAACGCUUCACAACUUGUCUCUGCUGGUUUAAAGACCUUGGCCUCCAAUUCUGAGGAACGCAAAAGUGAUUCAGAUGCAGACCUGUUUUUCCUAUUUGUAAUCCCAGAGAAGUCCACAAGGAACCAGUUAUGGCGUCUCUGCAGAGGCGCCCCCAGCUCAGCGAGCUCCUCCUGCUUUUCACCAUCCUGAGGACGCCGUGGGGGGCCAGCGCUGGGCAAAUCCGCUAUUCUAUUCCCGAGGAGCUGGACAAGGGCUCCUUCGUGGGCAGCAUCUCCCAGGACCUGGGGCUGGAGCCCCGGGAGCUGGCGCAGCGGAUCGUCUCCCGAGGUAGGACGCAGCUGUUCGCUCUUAAUCCGCGAAGCGGCAGCUUGAUCACCGCGGGCAGGAUAGACCGGGAGGAGCUCUGCGCUCAGAGCGCGCGGUGUCUGGUGAGUUUUAACAUCCUUGUAGAAGAUAAAAUGAAGCUUUUCCCUGUCGAAGUAGAAAUAAUUGAUAUUAAUGACAAUGCACCCCAAUUCUUAAGGGAAGAAAUGGAAGAAGAAUUGGAAGUGAAAAUUCCUGAAAACGCAGCUCCAUCCUCUCGCUUUCCACUAAUGGAGGUCUAUGACCCUGAUGUGGGAAUGAACUCUCUUCAGGGCUUCAAGCUCAGCGGUAAUAGUCACUUCUCAGUGGAUGGGCACAACGAAGCCCAUGGGCCCAAGUACCCGGAGCUGGUGCUGGAAAGCGCCCUGGACCGAGAGGAAGAAGCUGUUCACCACCUAGUGCUUACUGCCAUGGAUGGGGGUGACCCUGUGCGCUCAGGCAUGGCACGAAUUCUGAUAACUGUCCUAGAUGUGAAUGAUAACGCUCCAGUGUUUACUCAGCCUGUCUACCGUGUUAGCAUUCCUGAAAAUCUGCCUGUAGGUACUCCAGUGUUGUCGGUAAAUGCCACAGACCAGGAUGAAGGAGUUCACGCUGAAGUUACAUACUCCCUUGUGAAGAUCACAGAAAAGAUCGCACAGAUUUUCUGUUUGAAUGCUUUAACUGGAGAAAUUUCGACUUCUGCAAAUCUAGACUAUGAAGACUCGAGCUUUUAUGAGCUAGAUGUUGAAGCCCGGGAUGGGCCAGGUCUUCGAGAUAGAGCAAAAGUCUUAAUAACGAUCGUGGAUGUGAAUGAUAAUGUCCCGGAAGUGGUUGUUACAUCGGGAAGCAGGACGGUUGCGGAAAGCGCACCUCCAGGCACAGUUAUCACUCUUUUUCAAGUGUAUGAUCGAGACUCCGGCCUGAAUGGCCUGGUAACAUGUUCCAUCUCAAGAACUCUCCCGUUUGAACUGGAAAAAUCAGUAGACAAUUAUUAUCGAUUAGUGACAAGUACAGUUCUAGACCGGGAACAGGUGCGCUUGUACAACAUCACUCUAACAGCCAUAGAUAAAGGAACACCACCUCUGUCUACAGAAACCCUCAUCUCCCUAAAUGUGGCAGACACCAAUGACAAUCCGCCCACCUUCCCUCAGAACUCCUACUCUGUCUAUGUCCUUGAGAACAACCCCAGAGGCGCCUCCAUCUUCUCUGUCACUGCACAGGACCCUGACAGUGAUGAGAACGCACGAGUCACCUACUCCCUGGCUGAAGGCACUCUCCAAGGGGCUCCUCUAACCUCCUACAUCUCCAUCAACUCCAACACCGGUGUACUGUAUGCACUGCAAUCCUUUGACUAUGAACAGUUCAGAGACCUGCAGCUACUCGUGACAGCCAGCGACAGUGGAGACCCACCACUCAGUAGCAACGUGUCACUGAGCCUGUUUGUGCUGGACCAGAAUGACAAUGUGCCUGAGAUCCUGUACCCCACCCUCCCUACUGAUGGCUCUACUGGUGUGGAGUUGGCGCCCCGCUCUGCAGAACCUGGUUACCUGGUGACCAAGGUGGUGGCAGUGGAUAAGGACUCAGGCCAGAACGCCUGGCUGUCCUACCGCCUGCUCAAGGCCAGCGAGCCUGGGCUCUUCUCUGUGGGGCUGCACACGGGCGAGGUGCGCACAGCGCGGGCCCUGCUGGACAGAGACGCGCUCAAGCAGAACCUGGUGAUGGUCGUCCAGGAUCAUGGUCAGCCUCCUCUCUCGGCCACAGUCACCCUCAGUGUGGCAGACAGCAUUCCUGAUGUCUUGGCAGACCUGGGCAGUUUGGAAUCUUCCAUUCACUCUGACGACUCAGGCCUUACCCUGUACCUGGUGGUGGCUGUGGCUGUGGUCUCCUGCGUCUUCUUGGCCUUUGUCAUUGUGCUGCUGGCGCUCAGGCUGCGGCGCUGGCACUCAUCACGCCUGCUCCAGGCUGCAAGUGGCAGGUUGACAAGUCGCUGGCACUCAUCACGCCUGCUCCAAGCUGCAGGUGGUGGGCUGGCCGGCCUGCCGACAUCUCAUUUCGUGGGCGUGGACGGGGUGCGGGCUUUCCUGCAGACCUAUUCCCACGAGGUCUCCCUCACCGCGGACUCAAGGAAGAGCCACAUCAUCUUCCCCCAACCCAACUACGCGGACACGCUCAUCAGCCAGGAGGGUUGUGAGAAAAGCGAGCCUCUUUUGAUACAGGAAGAUUCAAGUCUCUGUAAAGAGGACUUCCUUGGUCAGGUGAGGUUAUUGUUUUUAUUUGUACGGCAAAUUUAA